AUGUUUUGGAGAUUUGGGUUUAAUACGGCAUCCGCCAUUGAUGGUGUACUGGACAAGGAAAACGUAACUCUAGACGACCUGUUCGAGGAAGAAGAACUACUGCAGGAAUGCAAGGCACAGAACGCCCGCCUUAUCGACUUCUUAUUAAGGCCAGACACACUCGCUCAGCUACUAAAUUAUACUACGGCAGAAGACUUAGAAGAAGCCAAAAAGUUUAAGUACCCAUACAUUGCAUGUGAAGUUUUGGGCUGUGAAAUAUUCGCCAUAUGUGAAGCUAUAGUAUCAAAUCAACAACUAAUGACCGCUUUUUGGACUUUUCUGGAUCGACCGGCCCCAUUGAAUCCAUUAUAUGCCAGUUACUUUAGUAAAGUCAACAGCGUGUUGCUACAAAAGAAAACUGCAGAUAUGGUUGUGUUUAUACGGCAACAACCAAACGUUGUCCAGAAACUGUUGAUACAUAUUGGAACUUCCGCUAUUGCUGAUUUGAUGCUGAAACUCAUCAGCGUGGAUGAAUUAGCAGAGGGCGCUGGUGUUGUUGCUUGGUUGAGUCAAGAGGGGUUGAUUCCAACCUUGGUUAGCAGAUUAGAUCCUAAACUAGAUACAGAGAUACAUAAUACAGCAGCGCAGACACUUCUUGACAUUAUUGCAGUCAGUUAUCAGACCAUGGCUCCACCUGAUCAAAUAUCAGUCGAUGCCAUGAAUCAGAUGGGUGGAAAUGUUUUGGUUGAUGAGCUUAAAAAUGAUGCCAUGAUGAACAAGAUGGUUGGAUAUAUGCUUGAUGAAUCAUCCCCGAAUGCUACUAGCAGCUUGACGAAUGGUAUUAAUAUUAUUAUUGAACUCAUUCGGAGGUAUUGCAGUGAAAUCGAACAAGCCGAAUUCCAACAGCAUCAGUUCCAAUUACAGCAAUCUCAAGGUGCUAGACAAGUAACGCUGCCGCCGUCAAACGAAAAGCUUCAAGUAUUAGCCACCGAUUUAAACGAGUUACUCCAUGUACUUUUGAGCAAGCUGAAAGACCUAUCCAGGCUUCUCUCUACGCCUCGUAACCUGAAGAGGGAAGUAGACACCACCAUUGGCAAACAACAUCCACUUGGGUCUGAGAGACUCAAGACAUGUGAACUCUUUGCCGAAGUCUUGCAUCUCCAAUAUCUAUAUACAUCUAGUCCCCUCUUUGAUCGAUUGGUGGUGCCACCACGACCACCAGUAGCAGCUUCAAAAGGAGUCGUAGAAGGCGGUGGUGGUGCUCUGGUCGUAGGUAACAGUACAGCUGCAGCAGGUCCAUCUUCAGCAACAUCUGAAACCGAGAGUAGCACUCCCAACGUUUCUGUAACAUCUCGGUCGAGUCGCCCACAACGGCCAUUCACUACUACAACAGUGGCAGACGAACUAGUUUCCAUAACAGAAACAUUUGUAGAGGCCAAGAUAUUACCAGACUGUCUGUCCCUCUUUUUCGCAUUCCCAUGGAAUAACUUUUUGCAUUCGGUUGUGUAUGAUAUGAUUGCCAAAGUGUUUAAUACGUAUUCUUUCACCGCUACUGCUACUAUGGUGCGAUCCAUGUCUAUGGAAGGAGGUGUGGCUGCAGAGGCUGAGGUUGGAGAAGAUGGUGUAUUGUCUGUUGAGGAAAGGAUGAAGAAGGUUAAGACUAGUGUUAGAAAGCUGGUUGUUUCGAUCUUCAAAGAAGGCCUUUUAACUCAGAAGAUUAUACAGGCUCAACGGCAAAAUGAUGGUGAAGUGGAGCAGCCGAAAGGAGUGAGAUUAGGGUACAUGGGCCAUCUUACCUAUAUAGCCGAGGAAGUCACCAAAUUGGUGGAAAAGUGUGCUCCAGAGCUUGAAGAGAUUAAAGAAUACGUUGCUGCUGAUGACUGGCAAGAGUACGUAUCGGGUCCUCUGAGAGAAACCAAAGAACGAGAUCGAGAACCGUUAGGCGGUACUCGGCCUCCGCCCGGAGCUGCACCUCAUAACAUGGGAGGAGGCGAAGGUGGAGAAGGAGGUGGAGGUGGAGGCGGGGAUAACAGAGCCGAUGCAUUCCGUGCUAUGGAAGAUGACGAAGAUGAUUUGGAUGCUAGUGGGUUGCCAAACAAGAUUCCAAGUGGACCUACAUCUACUGAUCAGUUUGGCCGCUAUUUGGUUCAACAGAUGGUCAACGAUUUACCGGACCGCUUCUUGGGAGGAGAGUCAAGUGACGAAGAUGAAGACGAACGUGAUUGGAUGGGUGAAUUCGAUGCUAGAGAUGCUGAUUUUGAUAUGAGGGAUGGUGCUAAUCAAGAUAACCCAUUCCCUCACAAGACAUCCACAUUCGAAGAAUACGAUAGUAGUAGAAUGAGGCCGUCGCCCGCUGUAGUAGCUUCUAGUCCACCAGCUGCAAAAUCCAUUAUAGAAAACGCCGGUUUUACCACACCACAAUCAAUAGUCGGGGUUGUUCAACACACCACUACCAUUACCAGUAACACCACAUCAGCCAUACUACCAGUGUCUGCUUCAGGGUCAAGUACUGCUCCUCUUCCUUUUACUCCAGCAUGGACUGCAGAUUUCUCUACUCCUUUAAGUACAACAACGACAACUACUACUACAACGACGACAACAACAACAGCAAUGAAUAUGACAUUUGAUACCACUGAAAUGAAGGCAGCUUUGGAGGAUGAAGCAGGAUCAUCCACUGCUAUUGUAAAGCCGGUUGAGAUUAGUAAUAGCGGCAGUCAUAGCAGUAGUAGUAUACCCGCCGGAUCGGGCGACGCAAAGACUGUCGUUAAGAAGAGUAAGACGGACGAAGGAGAUGGAGAUGUUAAGGGUGGUGACCAAGAAGACGAAAAGGAAGAAGGAGAUGGUGUUGCACCUACAUCAACAGAUUGA